CUUGGAGCGUAUCCUCAUGUACUGACUUUUCGCUUUAACAAACAUGCCGAACUUACAGUCAACAAGUACUGAUGACAAUCACACCGUGAAACCGCAGCUGCCAGAUAAUGCCAACAGUAGCUUUGACGCCCUGAUAGAUCUUCUCGCAUCGGAUGAUGUGCAUGAUAUUGCCGUAGUGGAUUCACAUCCCCAUCACACCAUCCCGCUACGGGACGCAUCUGGAAAACUAGCUUUUGAUAAGAUCCGGCUCAUGUUUGCGACCAAAAAUUUAGGUCCUGACAGAAUCGACAACAAAUCGUUCGAUAUCCGUCCAGAUACUAGUGACCAAUUGGAGAGUGAUGCACAGGAUGCUCUUAGCAAAAGCGGUCUCCCCAGGUCUGCAUCACCUUCAAGCCAAUCCUCUGAGCGGAGGCGGCAGAGAUCACGCUCAGCCUCAGCCAGUUCUUCCACACCAUUGGAUAAAAAGAUCCAGAGUGCGAAUACACUUCACUCAGCGUCUUCAGCCUACGCAUCACCCUCUUCUUCCGCGGACGAGUUGGUUCGCAUCAGAUCUGACGAGCAAAUUCGUUUAUCCCAGGACGAGCUAAAUGCGCAGAUCAAUAUCAUCGAUUCUCUACCCCAUGAUAAGAUACCGCUCCUUCAUCAGGUACAUUAUAAAUCGAAUCUGAUGCGGAAUCCCAAUUCACAACAGUAGGGUAGUUCUAUAGAGAAAGCC